GCACGUAUUGAAGCUGAUUUAGUACUCGCCAGUCAUAAUGAUCGUAUUCCUGGUACUUCUGACGCUUUUCGUCGCGACUAUUGAUGGCGGUCUGCUCGAAAAAUACACCAACGCGCCCGGAAAUGUAUAUCACGGUAGGUUUACCCGAGACAUCCAUGAGCCAGAGCUGUUGGUACCGAAGCGAGUGCUCGCAGAUGGUAGCUUCAGCACGUAUUCUCUACCGAAUUUCUAUAACCGCCGUGAGAUCAGCGAGCGCGGUAAGCGAUCCCUCGGGCCGACCGAUAAACUGCACCUGGUGCUACCCUUCAACCAGAUCGAUCACCACGUGGAGCUCAGCCCGUACCAUGAAUUCAUCUCGCCCGACAUGGUGGUGGAGACACGGGGCGCCGGUAUUAGCACUAAUCUCAACAAGGGCUUGAGAUUCAAAAAGGCGUCCGAUCAGCAGUGUCACUAUCGCGGUAUUGUUCGGGGCCACGCCAAUUCCCGAGCGGCUCUGUCUUUGUGCGACGGUGUGGCUGGCUACGUGCAAACUAAUCACGGACGGUACUUCAUCGAGCCAGUGUAUCAGGCGGAGCCCGAGUCCGACGGCCAACACGUUCACGUGGCUUACAAACGAGAUGCGCCGCACGAAAAGAAAGGGCAAACCGUGUCGAAAAGACAUUGCGGGACCAGCGACAACUGGGAGUCAGCGUGGGCGGAGCAGCUGGCUAAAAGGCAGAUGCGGCUAAUGGAAAGUAAUUCUCUUGGCGCGGACCGCAAUAUCACAGUAUCAACGGGAACGCACAGUAUACAUCGCUACAUCGAAGUUGGAUUAAUUGCCGAUCGAAGAUUCCUUGAUUUCCACAAUAACACUGAUUACGAGCAAUAUCUCUUGACCGUUAUGAACAUGGUCUCCGACUUUUACCACGACAGAUCCGUGGGGAAUCAAAUAGACGUCGUCUUAGUACGUGUGAUAUAUUUGGAGAAAGAAAAAGAAGAGAUAGAUUUACUCAUCAGUCCAGCUGCCGAGAAUACGUUGGAGAGUUUCGCCAAGUGGGCAGAGAAGAUGAAUCCAAAGGAUGACACACAUCCCAAUCAUUACGAUAUCGCGGUAUUGGUUACCAGGUAUGACAUUUGCUCGGAGGAAACCAAUUGCGACCUAAUGGGUCUGGCUCAUGUCGCUGCGGCCUGCGACUCGACGAAGGCUGCUUGCAUUAAUGAAGACAGUGGACUUCUGCUUGGUAUCGUGAUUGCCCACGAAGUUGGUCACGUAAUGGGUUGUUCUCAUGAUGAGCCCGAGACCAGCGGAUGUCCGUCGAAGGAUAUGGAUGAUAGCUACUUUAUUAUGUCUCCUAUCGUCUUUUUAUAUACCAUCCGAUGGUCGAGCUGCAGCAGGAAAUUUAUAACAGCUUUUCUUGAGAGCGGGCUGGGCGAAUGUUUAAAUGAUAAUCCAAGAACUCCCCCAGAGAAACUAAAAUAUCCUAACAUGUUGCCGGGUGCAAUGUACGACGCUGCCUUUCAAUGUGACAUGCAGUUCCCAGGCUCGAAAGUGUGCCCACAACCUCAAGCGAGCGGCUGCGAGAAUCUGUGGUGCUUGACCAACACAAGUUGCUACUCCCUGGGGUCGCCGAAGGCUGAUGGUACGAAGUGCGGUGAGAACAAGUGGUGCAUCCACAAGAAGUGCGUGGACGUGGGCACUCGGCCGGCCGCGGUGCACGGCGGAUGGGGCGAAUGGGGUCCCAUGGGUCCCUGCAGCAGGACCUGCGGCGGUGGUCUUAAGUACUCCGAGAGGGAAUGCGACCGACCGGUACCGGAAAACCGCGGCAGAUACUGCGUCGGCGAGAGAAGAAGGCUUUUCACCUGUAACACCGUGCCUUGCGACCCGACAAAACCGCCGUACCGUGCAGUACAGUGCUCGGAACACGACAACGAGGAGAUUCUGACGGACGGGCUUCAUCAAUGGAAGCCAUACAUGGACCCGAAAUUAGAACCCUGCGCGCUUUACUGCAUCAACGAGAAACAAACCUAUGUGAAGAUCUCGCCAACGGCGAAUGAUUCGACACCCUGCAAGGCUGGAACAAACUACAUGUGCAUCUCCGGAACGUGCAGGAGAGUUGGAUGCGAUUGGAUGAUAGACUCGUACGCAAUCGAAGAUAAAUGUGGCAUAUGUAAAGGCGAUGGAACCAAGUGUAGUCCGGUGGUGGGCGAAUUUACUGAAAUAGCGUCACAGAGCGCGUAUGUGAAGAUCGUGACAAUUCCGAAGGGAGCUCGAAGCGUGCAGGUUUCCGAGAGAAAACCCAGCGAGAACAUGCUAGCCGUGAAACUCGAAAAAGAUAAAACAUACUGCAUCAAUGGAGACAAUCGUGAGUUUAAGAGCGGAGAUUACGAGUGUGCUGGUACGAUGAUUAUCUACACGCAUCCGGAGCCGGACAAGGAAAUAGUGGAAAUGAAAGGCCCGAUAUCCGAAGAUAUCGAGAUACAAUAUGUAUUUUUCAAUCCUCGAGACAAUCCUGGAAUAGAUUACAAAUAUUACGUGAGUUCAACGAAUACAUCAUACACGCCCAAGUACAUGUGGGACUUCAUCGAGUGGUCAGAAUGCAGCGCUAAGUGCGACGGUGGCACAAUGAUAUCUGAGGCGUCCUGCAUAGAAGAACAGGGCGGGCGAGUGACACCGAACUUCUGCGACGGUAUACCGCGCCCGGAAGCAAAGAGCCGCAUCUGCAAUCAGGCCCCUUGUCCCGCAAAAUGGAGAGUGAGUCAAUGGAGUAAAUGCAAUGCUUGCGACGGGAAAAAGGGUAUGAGACAUCGCAAGGUUCAGUGCGUAAGGCCAGGUGCCAGGCCUGGGGAAGACGAUGUGCAAGCAAAUCUAGACGCGUGCAAAGGUCGUGUACCGAGGCAGAAAGAAGAAUGUAGAGGUACAAGACCCUGCAAAAUAAUGUGUCCUAAGAAAACACGACGGUCCGAUGAGAAGCGGGAGCUUAUCGAUGAGAAAGAGAAAGGGAGCUUGUCGCUAGGUGAUCAACGGAGAAUGAUCGACAGAUUGGUCGAUCUCGGUCUAGCUCGUUACUUGGAGAAGUCCCGCGACAAGUUGCGCGAUGACGACAGACUCGACGAAGAUAGGAGCGCUGCUCGAAAUUUCCGACAGGUCCUUUACGAUUGGGCGAUGACAAACGAGGACAAGCGUAAGCGCGCCUAUGACGCGGAAGGGAGAUUCACUACGCCGAAGCCGGGAUCCAUCAUUUUGGAUUCGGUACCCAUCGAGAACGUUGUACUGAUGGAGGCGCCGUACAUGGACGAGUCUCUUCAGACUAAUCUGUCGGACAAGGCGUUCCAAGAAUCCGGCGAUCUCGUCGGUGUUGGCAUCGACACGAGCAAGAAGAGGGUGUACAAGGGUGCUCAAGCGCUUGAACUUAUCCAACAGUUAGCCCGUCAUAAUGAAACAGCGAGUGCGCGCGAACGAAUUGUUUCUGUUAAUGCGAACAAAGCUCUCAAUUCAUCUCAGUCCGUCGACGACGCGGGAAGAAAGCGUUGAGCGAGAAAGAAAUUAAACGUUGCGAUAAAUGUACGCAUGUUAUCUUCGUUAUGUAU